CCAAAAAAUACGCACCAAGAAAAAUGUUGUUUUGAACCCGCAUGUGAGGGAUUUUUCAACAAAUUUCAAUACAAAUGUCGUUUUUCAUAAGAGGAAAGCAAUCGAACGGACAUAAAAAAAAUCAGCCGGCGAAUCGUAAAGGCAAAAAACGAAAAGCCGAUUCUAAACCGUCAAAAAACGACGAAAUAACAAGUAGUGAAGAUGAAGACCUACUUCAGGACCAAAAUUUGGAUCUUAGUGGUUCCGAGGACGAAAACGAGACAGCUCAAGAGAAGAAGGUACGCUUAGCCAAAGUAUACCUUGAAGAAAUCGAAAAGGAAGAAAAGGCUCGCUUGGAAAAAGAGGAAAUUCACCAGAGUGUCAUUUCAAAACGACUUAAGGAGGACUACCUAAAAGAAACAGGUAAAUUAAGAUUAGUCGUUGCUGACAAGUAUAGAGAAGUGGACACUAGCCAAAUAAAGAUUUUAAAGUGUAAACAGCAAAGAAACACCUUGACUUGCCUGUGUAUCUCAAAUGAUAGUGAUUAUGUAUUUACUGGAAGCAAGGAUGGAAUUGUAGCAAAAUAUUCAUUAUUAAAUGGCAAAAAGGUGGGCUUAAUUCCUUUUUCAACCAAUAGUACUGAAAUAUCUGGUCAUCCAAGUGAAAUCUUAAGCAUAACAUUGUCUACAGACAAUAAUUUUUUGGCUGUAGGUGACAAAAAAGGUGACAUCUACAUUUGGAAUCCAAAUAAUUUAAAACACACAAAAACCCUUACUGGUCACAAAAAAUCCAUAUUAGGAUUAGUAUUUAAGAAAGACUCUCAUACAUUAUACUCAUGUAGUGCAGACAAAACAGUAAAAGUAUGGAGCUUGGAUGAAAUGGCAUAUGUAGAAACACUGUUUGGCCAUCAAGAUAUUGUUGCCUCAGUGGACACAUUGUUUAGAGACAGAGUGGUUACUUCUGGCGGUCAUGACUUAAGAAUAUGGAAAAUCACAGAAGAGACUCAACUAAUUUAUAAUGGACAUACAGGAAAUAUUGAUAAUGUAAGACUUAUUAAUGAGGAACACUUCAUAUCGGGUGGUGAUGACGGACAGAUAUGUAUAUGGAGUAUAAACAGGAAAAAGCCACUUCAAACCAUAGAACAUGCCCAUGGCAAAGAGGAUGCUAAUGAACAGCCAAGAUGGAUAACUGCAGUUGCAGCCCUAAUGAAUACAGACCUGGUGGCAACAGGUUCAUAUGAUGGGUUUGUCAGGCUGUGGAAAUUGGAAGAUAAUUUUAAAAUGUCUUCUUUAUUGUUAAAGAUUCCUGUACAUGGUUUGGUGAAUUGUUUACAAUUUACUGCAGAUGGAAGUAAGAUUUUGGUAUGUGUUAGUAGGGAUUACAGGUUGGGGAGAUGGAACACUGUUAAAACUGCCAAGAAUUGCAUAUUGGUUAUUCCUUUUGUAAUAGAUAGCUGAUUAUUAUUAAAUAAAGUAUUUUCUAUUAAA